CAGUACCGACAGCGCACGCGCAAGGCGUGCUCGGCAAAAAGGCCGCUUUGCCGUGCGACAUACAGCCGCUGGCGGCCGAGGACCAUGUCUCUAUGGUACUCUGGUUCAAGGAAACUGAUGGAGAGCCUCUAUACAGCUACGACGUUCGAGGCCGGUUAGCCACGCAGCCGAAGCUCUGGUCUUCAACAUCAGGGUUCGGUACCCGUGCCUAUUUUCGAGCAGCUGCAAACCCAGCAGUGCUGUUCGUGGACAGCGUGGUGUCUUCUGAUGCUGGGGUCUACCGCUGUAGGGUUGACUUCAAGAACUCUCCUACAAGGAACUUGAGAGUCAACUUCACAGUUAUAACUCCACCCAACCGGCCUACCAUAAUGGAUGCUAAAACUAGAAGUCACACGAGACUGCUAGAGCCGUACAAUGAGGGAGACACGCUGGAACUGGCCUGCGAGUGUUUUGGAGGCGACCCCCGUCCCCGGCUAACAUGGUAUCUAGAAAACACAGUGAUAGACGACUCGUUCGAGCAGCGACCAGACGGUGUGACAGUGAACACGCUGACGUUCCCCAACGUUGGCCGCCAACAUCUGAACGCUAGGCUCGUCUGCCAAGCCUCCAAUACCAACCUCGCUGCACCAGAGGCAAAGCUACUUAUUCUGGAUAUAAACUUAAGGCCACUGAGCGUGCAGAUCCUGAACAAACGGGCACAGCUCUCAGCAGACAGGAACUAUGAAGUGGAGUGCAGAGCAGUGGGCUCCAGGCCGGAGGCACAGGUCACCUGGUGGAAGGCCGGGAGACAGUUGAAGAGAAGUGCUAAGAAUUUUUCGGACAACAACGCGACAGUCAGCACCCUGAACCUGGUGCCGAUGGCAGAAGACCACGAGAAGUACCUGGUCUGUCGAGCAGAGAACCCUCGAGUGCCCAACGCUGUUAUAGAAGACCGGUGGUUUCUUAAUGUGCAAUAUGUCCCGAUAGUAACACUAAAAUUGGGUUCGAACUUGAACCCAAGCUACAUCAAGGAAGGAGACGGUGUGUACUUCGAGUGCAGCGUCAAAGCAAACCCGAAGACUAAGAAACUGACCUGGUAUAAGGGGACAAAAGAAAUCCAGCACAAUGCGAGCGCUGGCAUCAUCCUGAGCGACCAGAGCCUGGUGCUGCAGAGUGUGACCAGGGCAGCAGCGGGAGACUAUAGCUGCCUGGCGUAUAAUAACGAAGGCAGUGCUACCAGCAACCCUGUGUCUUUGCAGAUCAAUUAUGCGCCAAUGUGUAAGACAGUGAACGACGGCGAGGUGUUCGGAGCCCUCAAGAUGGAGACGGUGGUGCUGCAGUGUGUGGUGGACUCCAGCCCACCACCCACAUACUUCAGCUGGUUCUUCAACAGUUCUGGGGAACAAACUGAGAUAUCUCCGAGCCUAUAUACGGUCUACGGGAACACCUCAACUCUUCGCUACACGCCGACCACCGACCUGGACUUUGGCACAGUCCUAUGUUCGGCGUCCAACUCUGUGGGGAGACAGGAGACUCCAUGCUUAUACAAGCUGGUUGCUGCAGGGAACCCUACAGCUCUGCAGAACUGUUCUGUGGUCAACCAGAGCUCUGACACUCUGCUGGUGGAAUGUUUGGAGGGUUUCGAUGGUGGUCUACCACAGGUCUUCUAUAUGGAGGUGCUGGAGCUACCUUCUUUGAUGGUUCGAGCAAAUGUAUCCUCGAACCACACACCCACCUUCGAGGUGCAUGACCUGGACAGCAGAUCAAGCUACACCCUCAUCUUAUACGCUGCUAAUGCUAAAGGCAGGAGUGAGGAGAUCACGCUGUACACAGUGGCCAUCAGGCCACCUGAUAAGUAUACGGGAGUGAGCACCUCAAUCCCUCUGUCUCCAAUGCUCGUGUCCCUCCUGUCGGUGGCAGCACUACUGUGCACAGGAGUCUGUGGAGUCAUCACAGCGCUGUACCGAAGACACGCAGCCAGGAGACAUGAUAUGGACAAACAUCCACCCUCCACCAACGCCCUCUACAUGGAGCAGAGCGUGGAGUCGUUAUCAAAACAAGAUAACCUGAACACGUACUGCGCAUCUCCCAAGCUGGACUACUGCAGUCAGUACGAGCUGAAGAUGGAGGGGAGCGGGGAAGACACCGACCCUGACAUCAUACCCUGCCAUUAUGAUAAGAAACCAAUAGGAGAAUACAGUAAGCUGUCUACUCCUGCGCUGGACACAGACCCGCACAGGAUAUUCAGCGAAAGACCUGUCAUACCUGCUAGUGCGUCAUCAGUAAGUAUAUGCGUGGUGAACCGUGGCGUGACAGCGCGCAGUGCGGACAUCGCGGCUGCGCGACGGCCAGAGGUGGUCACCACCGCGAGAAAGGUGCGCGAGAGUUGCAUAUAG